AGUGAUUACGUCGUUUUUGUUGGAUAAUAGUAAUAAAAGAAGGGUUUGUUGUAGUUGUUAUUGAAAAAAAUGGAGGACUGGGUCAUGAAAGCUUUGUGACAGUUGUGUGACUUUUAAUACUUAUGUAUAUGCGUGUGUGUAUGUAGAUAUAUGUAUUUCAUCAUAUUUGAUUUGAAUGUUUCUUUAGACACGCCCUUUGAAGUCGUUUCAUUUAUUUAUUUAUUUAUUUCUACUAAGAAUUAGAAAACGAGUAAUAGAGAUGUUUUUGUCAUAUAUAUAUACGCACUCAUAUAAUAUCUUUCAUUGACAUUUGCGUAUCUGCUAUUUUCUUGGGUUCCGGCUAUUUUAUGCGUUUGGGCAGAGUUGGGUUCUGGAAAUGCUGUUUGACAGAUAGAAAGUACUGUUGUUUUUGCAUCUCCAGAUCAUAGGAACUGAUACUACUACACAUUUUAAUAUCAUGACUUCAAGAUCGUUUAGAGGUUCUGAAUCACUGCAAGGAAAGUCAAUUCCUAUGUCAGUAAAAUUUGCAAGGAGGACUUCAUCAGGCCGAUACGUUGACUACUCUAGAGAGUCGAAUGAUCUCGAUAGUGAUAUUGGCAGCGGUGAAAUUGGCAGUGGUGAGUUCAUGAACUACACGGUGCAUAUACCACCAACACCUGAUAAUCAACCUAUGGAUGCAUCAAUCACACAGAGGGUUGAGGAGCAAUAUGUGUCGAAUUCAAUGUUUACAGGAGGGUUUAACAGCGUUACUCGUGCCCAUUUGAUGGAUAAGGUAAUUGAGUCGGAAACGAGCCACCCCCAGAUGGCAGGUGCAAAAGGGUCUUCGUGCUCAAUACGCGGUUGUGAUGGGAAAGUGAUGAGCGAUGAGAGAGGUGAAGAUAUUCUCCCUUGUGAAUGUGAUUUUAAGAUAUGUCGUGAUUGUUAUGUUGAUGCUGUGAAAACCGGAGAUGGGAUUUGUCCCGGAUGUAAAGAGCCUUACAAGGCCACGGAUUUGGAUGAGAAGGCAGUGGAUAAUAACCGGCCACUACCUCUGCCGCCUAGUAUGGGGUUGUCGAAGAUGGAGAGGAGGUUGUCCUUGAUGAAAUCAACAAAAUCAGUGUUGAUGAGGAGCCAGACAGGUGAUUUUGAUCAUAACCGAUGGUUGUUUGAGACCAAGGGAACUUAUGGAUACGGGAAUGCUAUUUGGCCUACGGAGGGGGGAUAUGGGAAUGAGAAUAAUGGUGGGGGCGGUGAGCCUGCAGAACUUCUUAGCAAGCCCUGGAGGCCCCUGACUCGUAAAUUGAAGAUAUCUGCUGCAAUUUUGAGCCCAUAUCGGCUCCUAAUCUUUGUCCGCAUGAUUGUUCUGGGAUUAUUUCUUGCAUGGAGGAUCCGCAACCCAAAUAACGAUGCAAUUUGGUUGUGGCUUAUGUCCGUGAUUUGUGAGAUCUGGUUUGCAUUCUCAUGGUUACUUGACCAGCUUCCAAAGUUCUGCCCCGUGAAUCGUGCUACGGAUCUUAAUGUUUUGAAAGAAAAGUUUGAAUUGCCUGGUCCCCUUAAUCCCACCGGAAAAUCUGAUCUUCCAGGCAUAGACAUCUUUGUUUCUACUGCAGAUCCGGAGAAAGAACCACCACUUGUCACUUCCAACACCAUUCUAUCAAUUCUUGCAGCUGAUUAUCCUGUAGAAAAGCUUUCUUGUUAUGUUUCUGAUGAUGGAGGUGCUCUUCUAACCUUUGAAGCCAUGGCAGAAGCUGCGAGUUUUGCCAACUUGUGGGUCCCAUUUUGCCGGAAACAUGAUAUUGAGCCUAGGAACCCAGAAACUUAUUUCAGUUUGAAGAGAGAUCCUUAUAAGGACAAGAUGCGCCAGGACUUUGUCAAGGAUCGUAGACGGGUAAAGCGUGAGUAUGAUGAGUUCAAGGUUCGAAUUAAUGGCCUCCCUGAUUCGAUUCGGCGUCGUUCUGAUGCAUAUAAUGCUCGAGAGGAGAUCAAGGCUAUGAAGCAUCAGAGAGAGAAUGGCAACGAUGAACCACUGGAAAACAUAAAGAUCGCCAAGGCUACCUGGAUGGCUGAUGGAACGCAUUGGCCCGGCACUUGGAUUGUUUCUGGUCAAGAGCACUCUAAGGGGGACCAUGCAGGAAUUAUUCAGGUUAUGUUGAAACCUCCAAGUGAUGAACCAUUACAUGGUGCAUCAGUUGAUUCUAAUCCUAUCGAUCUGACAGAAGUUGACAUUCGGCUUCCUUUGUUGGUUUAUGUUUCACGUGAAAAGCGUCCCGGGUAUGAUCACAACAAGAAGGCUGGUGCUAUGAAUGCUUUGGUUCGGGCCUCAGCCAUUCUGUCCAAUGGACCCUUUAUUCUGAAUCUCGAUUGUGAUCAUUACAUCUACAACUCUGAGGCGUUAAGAGAAGGUAUGUGUUUUAUGAUGGACCGUGGUGGUGAUCGUCUUUGCUACGUCCAGUUUCCACAAAGGUUUGAAGGAAUUGACCCAUCUGAUCGCUACGCCAAUCACAACACUGUUUUCUUUGAUGUCAACAUGCGUGCCCUUGAUGGGAUUCAAGGUCCAGUCUAUGUCGGAACAGGAUGUCUCUUUCGCCGGAUUGCUUUAUAUGGUUUUGACCCUCCAAGAUCAAAAGAACACCCCGGUUGCUGCAGCUGUUGCUUUGCUCCUCGUAAAAAAUCUUCAACCGUUGCUUCUUCUCAUGAGGAGAACCGAUCACUUCGAAUGGGAGAUUCUGAUGAUGAAGGAAUGAACAUUUCUCUGUUUCCCAAGAAGUUCGGGAACUCGUCUUUUCUUGUUGAUUCGAUUCCGGUUGCGGAAUUUCAAGGCCGUCCCCUUGCUGAUCACCCUGCCGUGAAGAACGGACGGCCUCCAGGUGCUCUUACUAUUCCUCGGGAGCUUCUCGAUGCGUCUACUGUUGCUGAAGCAAUUAGUGUCAUCUCAUGUUGGUAUGAAGAUAAAACCGAAUGGGGCAAUCGAGUUGGGUGGAUUUAUGGAUCUGUAACCGAAGAUGUGGUGACUGGUUAUCGGAUGCACAAUCGGGGAUGGAAGUCGGUUUAUUGCGUCACCAAGAGGGACGCCUUUCGUGGGACUGCUCCAAUUAAUCUGACCGAUCGGCUUCACCAGGUGCUUCGGUGGGCCACCGGUUCUGUUGAGAUCUUCUUUUCUCGCAACAAUGCUCUUCUGGCAAGUUCCAAAAUGAAGUUCUUGCAGAGGAUUGCUUACCUCAACGUUGGUAUCUACCCGUUCACCUCCGUUUUUCUCAUUGUUUACUGCUUCCUUCCGGCACUUUCUCUGUUUUCCGGUCAAUUCAUCGUCCAAUCCCUCAACGUCGCGUUCCUCACGUACCUCCUGGUCAUCACCUUGACUCUUUGCAUGCUUGCUGUGCUCGAGAUCAAGUGGUCUGGCAUCGCUCUGGAAGAUUGGUGGCGAAAUGAGCAAUUCUGGUUAAUCGGAGGCACGAGUGCUCAUUUGGCUGCUGUGAUUCAAGGUCUUUUGAAAGUGAUUGCUGGAAUCGAGAUAUCAUUUACAUUGACAUCGAAGUCUUCUGGUGAUGAUGAUGAUGAUUUUGCCGAUCUUUAUAUUAUCAAAUGGACGUCCCUGAUGAUACCCCCAGUUGUAAUCAUGAUGACUAACUUGAUUGCAAUAGCGGUUGGGGUCAGCCGAACGAUAUAUAGCACCAUACCGGAAUGGAGCCGCUUGUUAGGAGGGGUGUUCUUCAGCUUCUGGGUAUUGGCUCAUCUCUACCCAUUUGCAAAAGGGCUUAUGGGAAGACGGGGAAGGACACCCACAAUUGUUUUUGUUUGGUCGGGACUUAUUGCGAUCACAAUCUCUCUCCUCUGGGUUGCAAUCUCCCCUCCAGCGGGCAGUACUCAAAUUGGUGGAUCUUUCACGUUUCCAUGAUUUUUCAUUCUCAAGGUAAAAACUCAUUUGUCAUUGAGCCCUAUUAGAUUCCAAGUUUUUGCUGUUUUUUCUCCAGAAACUUGGGAAGUAAAAUGGGCGAAGGCCUUGUGAUGAUAUCGGAUUCAUUGGAAUCUUUAUUUCUUGAUUCUUGUCGAAAUUUUGGAUGUCCAUAGUGGGAGACAUUAUACACAUUCUUUGUAAUUAGAGACACAUGUUAGUUGAAAUUAUAAGUUGAUUUGUUUCAUAGUUGUGCUCUUCUGACAUUCUGAACUUGCAAUGUUCAGUCAUAUCUGUCAAAUCUCUCUUGAGAAUUGAGAAUUCCAUCACUUCUAAGCUGUAUUUUUGUUUGCCA